AUGUUUCAUGGCAGACCCAAAGCCUUCAAGGCCAUUGCAUCGUUUGUUGGUACUAGAAACGCGACACAAGUUCGAACUCAUGCCCAAAAAUACUUCUUGAAAAUAGAGAAAUUUCAGGGCCCUUGUGUUGAUGCACUUGGAAGAUUCAUCGAUCCUACUCAAAGCAGCGCGGACUCAGCCAGCUCUAGCGGGGGCUCUUGUAUUGGAGGUGGAUACAGUCCGGACUGGGGAACGAGUUCGACUAGCGGAGAGAUCAAUGGAAACAUCGAGCAUGAGGCUAUGCAAUCAAGGAUCAAGAUGCUGGACACGUACCUGUAA